AGGUGGAUUCUUGCCUUGCUUUUAGAGGGGCUCAGUUUCACUCUUGCUUGGAACUAUUCCUCGGACACUCCGUUGCCAAUCACUGCCACCAAGACAGAUCUCCCUGUAACGAAUCAUCACCAUGUCUCGCCAGUCGUAUGGCUUAAGCAUCGGAGGAGGAAGCAAGGGAUUCAGCUCCAAUUCUGUCUCUCUUGGUGGUGGAAACAGAGUCAGCUUCAGCACUGCUUCUGUGGCUCAUGGAUCUCGUGCCCGUGUUGGAAGUGGCAGUGGAGGUUUUGGCAGCAGAAGCCUCUAUAAUCUUGGGUGCAACAAGAGAAUCUCCAGUGGUGGCCUUGGUGGGGGCUUUGGUGGCUGGGGCCAUGGAGGUGGCGGCUUUGGAGUUGGUGGCUGCUUUGGUAGAGGGAUUGGUGGAGGACUUGGCUUUGGUGGAGGGCUUGGUGGUGAUUUUAGUGGUGCAGGAGGCCCACACUUUCCAGUAUGCCCACCUGGAGGGAUCAAGGAAGUUACCAUUAACCAAAACCUCCUGCAUCCCCUCCAUCUGGAAAUAGACCCAGAGAUCCAGAAAGUGAGGUCAGAAGAGAGAGAGCAGAUGAAGCUCAACAACAACAAAUUUGCCUCAUUUAUUGACAAGGUCCGCUUCCUAGAACAGCAGAAUAAAGUCUUAGAGACCAAAUGGAAGCUCUUGCAAGAACAAGGCCCAAGUGCUGUUCAGAAGCAUCUUGAUCCAAUGUACGAAGUUUACAUCAGCAACCUGAGGAGACAGCUAGAGGGUCUUCAGAAUGAAAAGAGAGGCCUGGAAUCUGAGCUUAAAAACUUCCAAGACAUGGUUGAGGAUUAUAAGACUAAAUAUGAAGAAGAAAUUAAUAAGCGUACCCAGGCAGAGAAUGACUUUGUUCUCUUGAAAAAGGACGUGGAUUCCGCUUACAUGACUAAAGUUGAACUGCAGGCGAAAUUUGAUGCCUUGACAGAUGAAAUCAAUUUCAUGAGAUGUGUGUAUGAAGCUGAACUGAACCAGAUGCAACAGACUGUGUCUGACACCUCUGUUGUUCUUCAAAUGGACAACAACCGGAACCUGGAUAUGGACAGCAUCAUUGCUGAAGUCAAGGCAACGUUUGAAGAAAUUGCCCAGAAGGGCCGGAUAGAAGCAGAGUCCUGGUUCCAAUCUAAGUAUGAAGAGAUGCAAGCAACAGCUGGGAAACAUGGAGAUAGCUUACGAGACACCAAAACCGAGAUCUCUGAGCAUAACCGGAUGAUUCAGAGGAUACGAGCUGAAAUUGAAAAUGUGAAGAAGCAGUGUGAGAAGCUGAAGUCUAAUAUCGCAGAAGCCGAGGAACGGGGUGAGCUGGCACUCAAGGAUGCCAGAAACAAGCUGACUGAACUGGAAGAGGCUCUGCAGAAGGCCAAGGAAGAAAUGACCCGUCUCCUGAAGGAGUAUCACGAGUUGAUGAGUUGCAAGUUGGCCCUGGAUGUAGAAAUUGCCACCUACAGGAAAUUGCUGGAAGGAGAGGAGAGCAGGCUAUCUGGAGACUGCCAAAGUACUGUGAACAUCUCUGUGCUCGGUGCUACCUCACACAUCUCUGGUGGUGGCUAUGGUGGUGGCUAUGGUGGUGGCUAUGGAGGAGGAAUGUCCUUUGGAAGUGGUUCUGGUGGCCUUGGUGGUUUCAGCAGCAUUGGUGGUGGUGGUGGAGGAGGACAUGGUUCUGGGAGUACCAUCGUGAAGAAAACCACUACGUCAUCCACCAUCAGGUCUACAUCUACAUCUAGGAAACAAUAAGCAAGCGAGGCAACAGUAACAUAACCCAGAAUGAAACAUUCUUCUGAAGAUCUCCAUCAAGCUGCAUUGAACUGAACCUCUUGGAGGAAUGAACUGUGUCUAUUUUAUAACCACUAUUUCUCUUCUCCCUGAAUAUGUUUAGGUAUUGCAUUGUGUUUCCUUAACACUUUUCGUGCCCCCUUAUAUAGAUCAGGCACUAGUAAAAUAUAAAUAGACACCACCCCUACCAUGGCUGUAAGUUCAUAACCAAAGGCAAUCAGCAUUUGAUAGAUCUACUUGUUCAGGAAAGCAUAUUGCUCUACUACUGUGCUUUGUAUGGGAAUUUCCUGUGCUUACCAGGGCUCCUUCUUUGUCUGAAGGAGUCCAGUUCCCAUAUUGCCCUAGGUAUACUCCAGAACUUAUUGGCUCUAAUUUCACAUAAAUAAUGGAUCCUCUUUAUGACAAACUGAAAGAUCUGGAUUAGACUUUGCUCUGGUUAAGAAGGAUUCUCAAGAAGAAGCAAUUCCCGAAGUUAGGUUGGUUAAUUGUUAUAAUAUGGGAAACAUGGUUUGUAUUAUUGUUCUUUGCAGGUUGUAAUCUCUCUGCAUGUCAGUACAAAAAAGCCAUGGUUCACUUGGACAUGGUCCUAAUGUUUUGCCUUUUCAUAAAAUAGAAAUCAUAUCUGAUAUUAUUUUGUGAUUGCCUGUCUGAGGUUCUGCUGAUUAAUAAUUGUUUUCAAUGGAAUAUGGAGAAUAUCAGCAGCUUGGGGUGCACCAUCUGGUCAAAAUUAACAUCUUGUAAUUUCUACUGAUUUCAACAAAGAGGUUUAAACACUUGUUUCAGCUAUUUUUGUUAAAAAACAAUGCAACUUAGUUAACAUUGACUGAAUUGUACUUCAUGUUCUCUCUCUCUCUCUCUCUCUCUCUCUCUCUCCCCCUCUCACUCUCUUGCACGCUUUCUGUUUUUGUAAUAGCUUGCAAAUCUUUGCAUCUCAUUAAAGUUUGAAAC